AUGCUGAAAACAGACGUAUUGAUAGCGGGAUCCGGCUCUGCUGGUAUCUUCGCAGCGACAUGGCUUGCCAUCUACGGGAUCCCUUUUACAAUGCUCGAGCGGCGUCCUGGACCGCUUAAGGUUGGGCAAGCCGACGGUGUGCAAGUGCGGACGGUAGAAAUCUACGAAUCGUUCGGAAUAUCGGAAGAGUUGCUACGAGAGAGUUUUCAUGUUCUGGAAGUAUGCUUUUGGGCGGUUGACGAUGAUGAAGAGGGAAAGGCACCGGGCGGCAUCAAGAGAAAAGGACGAACUAUUGAUACGGAAAAGGGACUAAGCCACCUGCCGCAUGUAAUUCUGAACCAAGCGCGGAUGAAUGGGCUGAUGCUGGGGAAGCUGGAAAGCGUGCUUCGAGAACAAGGACGAUGGCAAGAGGAAGCAAGCAACGGCAUCGAGUACGGAUGGAGCGUCAAGAGCCUGGACAUUGACGAGACCAAGAUACGCGACCCAAACGCCCACUGCGUCAAGGUGACUGCUGAAAAAGACGGCAAAGAAGAAACCUGGGAAGCAAAAUACGUGAUAGGCUGCGACGGCGCCCACUCCACCAUCCGCAAAGCCCUCGACAUCCGUAUGCUAGGGGACUCGUCCGACACCGUCUGGGGCGUCAUGGACAUCUAUCCGAUCACCAACUUCCCAGACAUCCGCCGUAAAUGCACAAUUCGUAGCAACGCAGGCAGCAUCGUCAUUAUUCCCCGCGAAGGCGGCGAGCUUGUCCGCUUCUACAUCCAGCUUCCCGCUGGCGCGCGCCCCAAAGAAGUAAAAUUGCUCGACCUGCAGAACCAGGCCCGCCAAAUCUUCGCACCAUAUUCCAUGGACUACGCAGGAGUAUUCUGGUGGAGCGCAUAUAGUAUCGGACAGCGUCUCGCAGCCGCCUUCCACGCCCACAACCGCGUUUUCCUCACGGGCGACGCAUGCCACACGCACUCCCCCAAAGCCGGGCAAGGCAUGAACGUCUCACUGCAAGACGGAUACAACAUCGGAUGGAAACUCGGCUCCGUUCUGUCCGGCUUAUCGCCGCCAUCGCUGAUCCCGACAUAUGUGUCUGAGCGCAGUAAGACAGCGGCUGAUCUGAUUGCGUUUGAUCGGGAGCUCACAGAGUUGUUUGAUAGAAAAGAAAAGUACAAAGGUGAGUUUGCAGAGUAUUUUGUAAGGAGUGGGCGGUAUACGGCGGGAUUUACGGCACGGUAUGAGGAGUCGGUUGUUACACAGCCCGGGCGGGGGGAGCAGAGCGUGGCGAAGGGGGUUACGGUGGGGAUGAGGUUUCCGAGUGCGCAGGUGAUACGGUUUUGUGAUUGCAAGGCGGUGCAGUUGCAGAGUGUGUUGAAAAGUGAUGGACGGUGGAGGGUUGUGGUGUUUGGGGGGGAUCUUGGGCGAAAUGAGCAUCUUGCGAGGGUGCAAAAGCUUGCUGGAGCCCUGGACUCCAUAUCACGACGGUAUACACCAGCAUCUAAGUAUUCCGAUGCUGUUAUUGAACCGUUACUUGUCAUGAGUAGCAAGUACUUUGACACGCAGCAAGAAAGGAUACCAGAUUACUUCUGGCCUGCGACGGGCAAAUGGGGGAUUAGAGAUCUUCACAAAACAUUCGUUGAUGAUGACCACUACAAUUCUGGCCAUGGCCACGCGUAUGAAGCGUACGGUGUGGACCUGGAAGUUGGUGCCGUGGUUAUUGUGAGGCCCGAUCAAUAUGUUUCAAAAGCAACCUCGUUGGAUGAUUUGGACGGGAUCACAGAGUUCUUCGCGGGAUGUAUGCUCGAGCAAGUAACGAAGAAGGAUGUGAGCGCGAGGCUAUGA